GGGGCUUUUGAAACUGGACACUCCCCCGAGUAAUUCAGACUUCCUUGAGGGUUUACUGAGGUAAAGUAGGGUGUUUAACGCUCAAAACGCUGAGAAAAGAGAGAGAUAUUUCUGAACGCUUCAGGAAUUCGUCAGAGCUCAAACUUUCUCCCGCCGUUUCAGCUUCCGAGACCAAACUGGAAUAAACCACACAGACUACAGGGUGGGGAUGGACGAGGCAGAGAAGUAUCAGCAGAGGCUGCAGGCCAUCGCAGAGAAGAGGCGAGCGCAGGAGGAAGAGGACAGAGUGAGAAGAGAGACAGAGGAAGAGUGGCUGAAGCUUGCACAGCGCAAGAGGAAGUCUCUGAGAGACCAGUGGCUGAUGGAGCCGACGCCUAGCAGUACCGAGGCUUCUGGGACUCAGACUACACCCUGGACCCCCACUCAGAGAGCAGAGGAGAGCGCAGAAGAAACACAAAGCACUCAGAAGGAGAUAAAGGAAGAAGAUGAGAAAACAGCGAACAUGAAUGAUGAACAACCGUCACCAUUUAUGGAGAAUGUACCCUCAGACCUUUCAGAGAACAACAAAGAGGAGCCUACACAGGCAAACUCAGGAGAGCAGGAAAGGACAGCUGGUGCAACAUCUGAAACUGUUGUGGCUUCCAACCCUGGAGACCUCCUUCAGAAGGGACAGCUGGAAAGAUCAGUGCUCGGAGUGUUAGAGAUUCAGGUGGAGAGAGACCCAAAAACUGGUGCCACCACCAUUAAGUCCAUGGCUCCGCUAUCAUCAGCAGCACUGGAUGCUACAGGACAAGCCGUGUUUGAUGAUGGCCGGCGGACAGUGCAUGCUGUGGGAGAGGUUGAGGGCAGCCAACAUUCAGAAGAGGAGCUAAGCCAGAUUCUUAAUGCUAUCUCUGAGGAGGGCAUGCAGACCAUACUAAAUGGUGUGGCCAUCACCUGUAAUAAAGAACAAGGAGAACAGAAGGAGAAAAAGGCAGAGACAGGAGAACCAGAGGUUGAACAGUCAUCAGAAGAUGCAGGGGAGCCAACUGAUCUAACCCAUGAUGCAUUACAGCAAGAAAAGAAACAGCAUCGUUCUUCAGCUGUGAGCAAACCUGAAGAGGAAGAAGGAGGGCUCAAUGAAAGGAGAGAUGUGGUGGAUGAAGAGGAGCGGGAUAAAGUAAAGGUGAGGGAAGGGGAGGUUGGAGUGGAAGAAGAUGAAUGGGAGGUGGUGAAUUGUAGGCCAGAAGAAGGCCUGGACCCAGUGGUGCUGACCUUCUUGGGCUUCACACAAGUUCAGACAGGCUCAGGGCUGGGUUAUGAAGAUGAAGGAGGUCUUCUAAAGGUGGAACAAGUCUUCAUUGCCAGUGAUAAUGACUCAAAGGUGGAUCCAUCUGAGGAGCUGAGCCCCAUUACAGCUGAAAAGAUACCUGAACAUGAAGAGUCUACAAAAUGUGAAGAGUCACAGCCUGAGCCAGGUGUGUCCUUAGCCUCUUACUCAGAAGGAACCCGAGAAGAAACCUCUCCUGUAGUGACAUUACAGACGGUUUGUUUUGAUGUAGGACCGGGUGCAGGUGUAUCUGUGCCGCUGCAGGAGCUGAGCAAUGUCUCAGAUAUAAUGGAUGUCCAACACAAUCUGCCACACGUUCCAACUGACACAACAGAUGUUGCAGGAGCUGCCAAAGAAGUUCUUGGAGAUUCCACAGAAGCAGCCACAGAGAAUACAGAGGAACAGGGAAUAUGUAUGUCCAGAACUGAUGUUGAGACACAAAGAGUGGUAAAAAUGGAAAGAAAGCAUGAGUCAGAUCUUGAAGAUGAGGUCUUUCAAGAUGUCCCAUUAGAUGGCAAUGGAGAAACAUCUCAGACUUUGAUACAGAGGGAAACAGUGGCUCAGAGCACCGAGCAAGAGCCAGAAAUCCAGACUCUGGUGUCUCCAAGUGUAACUCUAAACAGAGCAGGAGGAGAGACUUCAACAAAAAACAAGACAUGCCAGUGUUGCGUUGUCAUGUGAGCAAGCACUCCAACAGCUCAUACCGAUUCCUCUGUGUAUCCUUAAUCUCUUUUUAUCAGGCAACUGUAUUUGUCACAUUCUUUUCCUGUUCACUGUGUUGUCUAAAGAAUCAGCGCAGAUAUCUUACAUGCGAAUUAGUAGCUCUGUUGGAAGGCAAACAUCUGAGCUGCCGUGAUUUGAACCACUUGUGUGCCUUGAUGGAUUUUUGUAACCAAGUGUUACAAACCAUUGAUGCCCCCUGCUGGGCACAUUAUUGCAUUGAAAUAUAAGCAGUAAUUUGUAAACAUGCUUAAGAG